AUCACAUUACGUCUCUCUCUCUCUCUCUUCUUAGCAUGGAUGAGUUACGGCUCUUUCCUCGACACUGAGGUCUUCAGGUUCUCUGGGUUAAAGCCCACCUGUGUUAGCUAAGGGAUUGUCUGUUAUAUCAGCUAACUUCUAACAUCUGUUAUAUCAGCUAACAUCAUUUCAGCUAACGUUAUGUCCUGGCAAUUGCUGUGGGAAUUGCAAAGGCAAUUAGAAGCAAAUCAUUUUGAAUUGGAAAGUGACAACAGGCUGACUGCUCCUCGAAAAAGACAGAGAGUGGGUCUGGAAUCUAGUGAUUCAGAGGGCUCAAGUCCAGAGACAGAUGACUCAGUUUCCAGAUCUGAUGGGAGCUCAGACACAAACACAGACAGUUACACAGAGGAAGAGAACUUUGGUCUUAUAGAGGAGAAACCUAUUCUAGCCAAACAAAAAGUUUCCAAGAACACCACCACCAAAAAGGAGACAGCUAGAGCUUCCAACACAACAAAUAAAAUGGAGAAGAAUGAAAAAG